AUAGGACAAGCUGUUCGCUUGUUCCUGGAGUACCUUGGAGAAGCGUAUGAAGAUCGCCUAUACGGUCACGACGAUAUUGAGAAAUGGAAAGCACAAAAGUAUUCCCUGGGAUUAGAAUUGCCGAAUCUCCCUUACUACAUUGAUGGUGAUUUAAAAAUAACACAGUCUUCGGCUAUUCUGCGUUAUUUGGCUGAGAAACAUGCAAUGGUGAGCCAAACACCGGAAGAACGUUCCCGGAUCAUAAUGAUCGAAGGCGCGGCGUUGGAUCUGCGCACCGGUCUAAUACGCAUUGUUUUCGAUUCACGAUACGACGCACUGAAAGAAGACUAUCGAAAUUCGUUGCCCGAAACCAUGAAAAUUUGGUCGAUUUUUCUGGGCACUAAGUUGUACUUGACAGGAACCGAGGUAAGUAUGUACAGUUUAAUGGAAGAGAGAAUCUUUCCUUAUCUUUCUGAGAAUCACAAAGUAUCUAAAAAAAACAUAACUUAG